CAGUUGUUUGUUAUGAUAUUAUGAUGAUAAUACCCGUAUGUGAUCUGGUGCGAGGCUUAAAGCGCCGAUGGAUUGUUAAGUGAGGUGGCGCUGAUUGUAUUUGUGUUUACCAGCGUCCGCCUCCAUAUACCAUAAUUAGUUUUUCCCCCAAGGAACCUAAAUUAAACUGUGUAUUAAAGAGUAGGACGCCAGACAAUAGUGGGUCAGUUGCAAGCGAUGGCUUUGAAGGAAAUAAACCUCAAGUUGUGGACCGCAUCGGUUGUAUUUAUUUUGACGAUAGUUCAGGUAUCGCUCCAACUCAAUCUGGCACAGCCUGUUGAAUUUGCUCACUUUCUAAGUCGCAUUGGUCGCGUACAUAAGCUGCAGUCCAUUAACAUCGUGUACGGGAGGGGAGCCAUUUCAAACUUUUAUUUGGACGCACUCUUCGAUGACCUGGUCCGCAAUGCGAGCAACAGUUUUUAUUCGCGACCAAUUGUGACGGGAACAGAACAGCUACAAACGUGCUUCCGGGAGAUAACUCACGAACAUACCUUAUUUGUGAUCUUCGCCACCGACCCUCGAGAUCCUGUGCUGAACGUAAUGGCUCAUAGGGCGCGAGGACGACGCUAUUGCAAGACCAUAUUCCUGUUGAAUAGUGUAAGAAAUAAAACCGAACUUAAGCAAUUCUUUAAUUAUCUGUGGCUUGAGCAAUUUCGUACAGCUCUGGUUGUGGUGGCAUUCAAAAGACUCUAUCAUAUGGAUCCCUAUCCAGUGGUGCAGAUAAUGAAGCUAAGUGAUUCACACAGUCUUCGCGGCUUAUUCCCAGUGACCAGUCGCUCUGACUUUAGAGGCUACCAGCUGCAGGUGCCUGUGCAGGUAGAUGUGCCGUCCACGUUUUGGUCUCAGGAUCCACGCAGUGGUGCUUGGCUCUUGGACGGCUGUGGUGGCAUGCUUUUUCGGGAACUAAUGCGCCAUCUGAAUGUAUCCUUGCACUUGUAUCCUUUUAUUGUGAACGGUUCAAACAAUUUGAACAUGCAUGCUUUGGUGAAUCUGAUCGUUGAACAAGGAGCUGAGAUUAGUCCACACCUCUUCACGACACUGGAAGUCUGCCCACUGAUCGAGUACUCUUAUCCGUACAAGGCAGUGCCUCGUUGUUUUAUGCUCCCACUGCACAACGAAGUGCCACGUUCGCUCUACGUGUUCCUGCCCUUCAAACCCGUUGUGUGGGCGUGCAUACUUCUCAUCAUACUCUGCGUUCAUUGUGCGGCUCGAUGCUUUUGGAGGUCCGGCAAGGAGAAGAGGCAAUUUUGGGCACUACUCGGUUUAUCCGGAAGCCAGAAGCUGGUAUCAAAAUCCCCGAACUUCUUGGCGUUUCUGAGUAGGUAUUUAGCCUGUGCAACACUUGUGUUUGGGGCCUUUGUAACUGCACAGCUGUAUAUUACCAAGUUGACCUCUUUUCUGGCCGUAACGCUGACACACAACCCUAUUGGAACGUUAGAGGAGCUCUUCAGUAUGCCAUAUCCCAUACUGACUGUCCGCAGUGAAGUUAACGCCAUAAUUGACUCGUUGGGCCACGCCCAGCUCUUUAAUCGGCAAUUUGAAUAUGUCGAUCAUGAUCAGUUUUAUGAGAGGCGUGUGGAAAUGAUCACGAACUACAUUUACCCCAUUAGCACGCCCCGAUGGAGCUUCGUGGCCCAGCAACAACGAUAUCUCACGCAUAAGCGCUUCUGGCUAUCGAAUCUGUGCUACGGAACUUUCCCGCAACAAUAUCAAUUACGCUACGACUCGCACUUCAAGGAGCCCCUCCAUCGAUUCGUACUGCACAUACACGAGGCGGGCAUUUACGAUUACUGGACUACCAGCCUCUAUCUAAGGGCCAAACAGAUGGGCUAUGUGCAUGAUUUUGCCAACGUUGAACAGUUUGAGCAACAGAAUGGCGUUCGACCCCUAUCUCUGAAUCUUUUCGGGCCCGCUCUAUAUUUUUAUCUAUUCGGUAUGGCGGCCAGCCUGUGUUCUUUUCUUGUUGAACACGGACUAGUUUGCCGACUGCGAAUAAGCCCGUGCGCCCCGUAGGCCGAUUUGUGUGCACUUGUAAUGUCUACUAACAGCACCCGUAGGAUCUAUCUCUUCGCGUGGCUUGCGAUUACAUUCGAUCUAUAACUGAAAACUAAUGCAUUUGUAGAAUCUCAUUCGUAACACUAAAUAUCGAUGAUAUUGAAAUGAAUAUUAAUAUUUAUACAUACAUAAGUACCUAUAUAUAUAUUUAUUGGUCAUUUCACAAAUCCUGAUAUUUCUCCACAACCACCACCACCACCAACUACCAUAUCUUCAACAACAACAAACCCGAAUUGGACGUUCAAAAAACCUAAAAAUUCAAUAUAACCAACCGACCACCUCCAACUGAAACUAUCGAACUACUCUUAUAAUCGUAUGAUUAGUUAAUGUGAAUGCAACGGCGAAUGCGGGAAAACAUUUAAAACCGAUUGUCGAAAGUGAACUUAGCUUUGGAACUGCACCGCUUGAAGCUCCAACAGAGGCGGGCGGCAAAGGAAAGAUCAUUAUAGGUUUGGAAACU